CGGGAGUCGAGCGCCGUGACCUUAGUAUUGAUUAAUUUUUCCUGCCUUAUGUCAGUGAUAGACGCUGAGAAUGUUCUUUAUCAUCUGUAGAGGCCACCAUGCUCAUUGUUUCCGUCUUCCUUCGUGCCUUCCGCCCAAUACCAUCUACUCAGUGUGAAUAAUGCGACUGCUACAUACCAAGAAACUAAUAUUAGACACGCCCACGGAUGUGCGACCUUAUGCCAUCUUAUCUCACCGAUGGCUUGCGGAGCGUGAAGAAAUAUCUUUCCAAGACUUGCAACCCUCGCGAUUUCUUCCUAGCGAAGGCUCUCACGAUGAUUAUGCCGAGCCCACUUUCCCUUCCGAUGUUCAAAGCAAACAAGGCUUUGAAAAAUUCCAAGGAGCCUACGAAUAUGCCUCUCGAGCUGCUCUGGAGUAUAUCUGGAUUGACACUUGCUGCAUUGACAAAACCAGCAGUGCCGAGUUAUCAGAAGCGAUAAAUUCCAUGUACGCAUGGUAUCGGGAUUCCGCUGUGUGCUACGUUUACUUGCACGAUGUUGGCGACGAUGGGGACCCCGAAUCCGGUUUCGAAGAUGCCGAGUGGUUCCAAAGAGGAUGGACCUUACAGGAACUGAUCGCUCCAGAUAAUGUCUAUUUCUUCAACAAGUACUGGGUGAAAAUCGGGAGCAAGGCGACAUUUGCGCCUACCCUGAGUAAAAUCACCCGCAUCCGCCAAGAUAUUCUGCUGGGUGACCAAUACGAACCCAGUAUCGCGGAGAAGAUGUCAUGGGCUGCAGGACGAAAGACGCAGAGAAUAGAAGAUAGAGCUUAUUCUCUGAUGGGGUUAUUUGGCAUCCACAUGCCCAUCAUUUACGGAGAAGGAGACAAAGCUUUCAGGCGCUUGCAGCUCGAGAUCAUGAAAUCAUCGGAUGAUCAAACCAUUUUUGCCUGGCACGAUUCACGGGCACAUCCACAUUCUGUCAGAAAUCGCGGAUUGUUGGCAUCUACACCUGACGUUUUCAUGCGAGCUUCACCGGUAGUCGCCAUCGAUCAUUCCCAUUUUAUCAGCAUUCUUCCAUGGAGUCGCAGCCUCUCUAGCGAACUGUCGCGUGGUUAUCACAUUCUGAAUGACGGCAUUCACAUUACUCUUCCUAUGAAGCGAGUCGCAGAGGGGUGGCUUGCCGUCCUGAGAUGCAGAAAGAAAGAUCAGGAGUUUCCUUACGGGAUCUACUUGAAAGAAAGAUCUGGUUCCGACGAUUUUCUUCGGACUUCGCCCACGAAGCUUAAAGAACUCGAAUCCACAGAUCUCCAAGGCCUUACCCCGCGUACAAUACGUAUUGUGGUCGACUAUCACGUACUACCAACUACUAAACGCCGACAAUUCUUCACUUUUCAGUCUACAGAUCCCGUUUGGCAGUACUGCGGUUACUAUGUGUGCCCUACGCCAGGAGAUCGCCAUGAUGUGGGCCAGGGAGGCGGCUACCGAGAUCUUGAACCCUGCACUCGGAUUGAGCUUUCAGAUGAUGUGCAGUGUUGCUGCGUUUACUCGCAGGGCCUGCGUGGCGAAGUAUCGGUCCUUCUCAUUGGGAUCAAACAUCACCGUCCUUGGCUACACCUCCUCACAAAUGCUGGCCUAUACCGAUAUGUCGACACGUCGCGACUUGGCCGUCGAACCAUUUGUGACAUCGCUCUUGUGUCUUCCCCUACUUCCCCCCAAUCUAGCAGCCUACCCGAUCUCCUUUCUCCUACUCCCCAUGAUCUUCCUUCCGCGCCGUCUUCUCGUUCAAUGUCUCUUUCUUCUACUUCCACCGGAGCCAAUAUCCACAGAUUUCCAAAGAGAAAUUCCACCGCCCCUUAUGCUGCGCAGCUGCGUGGAGGUGGCGCUGGGUGUCCUGGUUGAUUUCGUGAAUGAGAUGAUGCCAGACAGGGAGAUAGAGAUCGAUAUCCGAAAGGGACAGGUUUGCGUCUCCGAGUCAACGCUUGACGUUG